GAACGACGGUUUUUUUCAAAGUACUUUAUUCUGUGUUUCCCUGGAAUCCAAUACCUGAGGACGAUGAGAAAAGCAUCCAACUCAAGGAGCUCAAGGAGCACACGAUACCGCUACCGUACACUGGCUCCCAUCUCACAGGUGGAUGACACCCUGUUUGGGAGCCUUAAACCAAGUCCACCGGAGAAACCUGAAAUCUCCCUGGCCAUGCCUCAAGAGGGAGAGACGGCUCAAGACAGACAGCGUCAAAUGGAGAGACAUCAGCUCCGGGAGAACCAGGAGAGAGUCGACCUGGAAGACCUCGACCAGAGGAGAAAGAACCAGCAGCGUCAGCAGAUGAAACUCAAUGCUGAGACUGUACGGGCCGAGGAGCAGAGGAGAGAGGAGCGGGAGGAAGAGCUGCUGAGAUCCAGACUGAGGGCCCAGAGAGAGAAAGAGCUGGCUGUGAUGAAAGAACGAGAGGAAGCUCUGCUGAGGACAAUACUCAGACAGAAGGAGGAGGAAGACAAGCUACGUCAGAGAGUGCUGCGCAAGACUGUCCACCAACAGCUGUGGGAACGUGAGCAGUCAGCAAUGUCCAGGCAAAGACAGAGCAUCAGCGCAGCCGAUCAGCUGAUCAUGGAGGAACAGCAACGACGUAUGCGCCUCCAUGAGAUUGCAGAGGAGACGCUGAUGGAGCUGAGGUUCAUCGGGAUCCCUGAAAAAUACUGCAGGAGAGUGGCAGUGUUUCCAAGGCCCCGCACACAGGAUUCAACCAGGAUCAACAGCACUGAGUCUGAGCUGAGGCCAACCUGCCUCCCAGCCAUCAGCAGAUCAGCUAAAGCCCCCGUCUGCAAACUCCAGCCGGCCUCUGCUACGUCAUCGUACACCCGCCUCCCACCCAUCUGGUCCAAAUACCAGUGAUCUGGACCAGCCUGAUCCUCCAUGUCCUGCCAGCCCCUCUCCCUUCCUUACCCUAACCCUUACCCCCUCCCUCCCUUCCUAACCCUUCCCCUUUUCCCUUCCUUACCCUAACCAUGUGGGU